AUGACUCCGGAAUUAGUCGGAGAAACGAUUGAGCAAGUGGAACUCCUCAAGAAAAGAUUGAAAAUAGCCCACGACCGCCAGAAGAGUUACGCCGACAAACACAGAAAGAAGCUAGAGAUUGCAGUAGGGGACGAAGUAUAUUUGAAAAUGAGGACCUUCCGAGGGAGUGACCCAAACCGGAAGAUGAAGAAGUUGAGACCCAGGUACAUGGGCCCAUACGUGAUAAAAGAAAUGAUCGAUACAGUCACGUACCGGCUUGCACUACCGUUGGAAUUGUUUGAUUUCCAUGAUGUAUUCCACGUCUCAGUGCUACGGAAGGUUGUACGAGAACCCGAGCUAAUCCUGCCGCAUCCACCUGCAGAUGCGCAACGUAACCUGUCGUUGGUUAGCAAACUAGUAAAGAUUGUGGAUGAAAAGGAAGUGGAUAACCGUGGACGGAAAGAAAAGAUGGUGCUUGUUCGCUGGCAGAGGGAUGGGAUCCACGAGGAUGUGUGGGAACCGGAGUUUUAUCUGAAGGCUAACUACCCCGGGAUAUUCGAAAAUAUUCCAAGAAGUGACCGUCUCUCUCACUUUAAAUCCAGAUCUACCACAGCAAUAAGCGAAGGUGAAGACUUGGUUGUGAACUUGCCUCAUGUUGAGUAA